AUGGCGCCUCAGACCAUCUUUGUGAAUGCGCGUUUCCUCGACACCGAGGGCGCUGCGGGCCCCAGUCUUGUCAACGAAGAGCGCGACUGCAUGGUCGUUUCCGGAUCGAACAUAUCUCACCUUGGCAGAGCUUCUGAUGGGGUUGUGCACCUUGCCAGAGAAUCUGGGGCAAACACCAUCGACCUGCGGGGUCGUGUUGUGGCGCCGGGUUUCAUUGACAGCCAUGUCCAUCUCCUCAUGUUUGGCGCCUCUGCCCAGAAGUUGGAUCUGUCAAGCUGCACAUCUCUGGCUGAGAUCCGGGAAACUAUUUCGAAAUUCUGUGCCCAGAAUGAAGAUCUUCCAAGGAUUCUCUGCAAAGGAUGGCUGCAAUCGAUGACCGACGGACUGGCAUUGGCGAGCAUGCUCGACGAUUUAGACCCUCGUCCCAUCUUCGUCGACGCCAUGGAUCUACACUCCGUAUGGUGCAACACAGCAGCGUUGGAUCUGCUCCCUCUUGCAAAGAUGCAAGAGGCUUGUGGCGAGUUUGUUACUAGCGAUGCCAACGGCAAACCAACGGGCCUGAUCGCAGAGAAAGCGGUGACGGCGUUUGUAUGGCCCAUGCUGGCCAGCCUCUCCACAAUGGAGGAAAACCACGCCUGUCUCGACGAAGCCAUCGACCAGUAUGUGGCAGCAGGUUACACAGGAGUCAUCGACAUGGCGAUGGACUCGAACUCUUGGACGGCCCUGGAAACAUACCGAGACUCCAAGGGCAUCCCCUUUCAUGUCGCCGCGCACUGGUUUAUCCCGUACGAAGAAGACAGAAAGGCCUUGCUUGACCACGUGGACGAAGCCAUCGAGAUGCACCGAAGGUGGCAUCCAUCCAGGUUCCCAGAGUUUUGCGUCAUUGGUGUAAAGCUCAUGUGUGACGGCACUGUCGACGGUUGCACCGCUGCGCUGAGCUACCCUUACGGCAAUGACCCCGAUUUCGUCAAGCCUAUAUGGCCCGCCGACGCCAUGGAGCUCGUCGUCAAACGAGCGUCAGAUGCUGGACUCCAGAUUGCCAUCCACGCCAUCGGCGACGCCGCCGUCACACAGGCCAUCGAAACCAUUGCAAAGGCAGAUGCUCCCCAAGGCCGACAUCGCAUCGAACAUUUGGAGCUUGCGUCUGUGGAGGAUGCCAAGCGGCUGGGCAGACUGGGAAUCACAGCAUCCAUCCAGCCAGUGCAUAGCGAUCCUGCCAUCCUCAAAGGAUAUGCAAACCUUAUUGAUCCGUCGACGUUUGACGCGGCAUUUCCGUAUCGCGAAAUGGCCAAAGGCAAUGCAUGUGUUGCCAUCGGAACAGAUGCCCCGACGGCGAGGCAUCUGCCAUUUCCGAACCUCUACAAUGCUUGCACCAGAAGGUCGGCCCUCGAUCCGUCCUUGAAGACGCAGACCAAUCCCAAAAGUGCCCUGAGCUUGGGGCAGGCUCUCUCGGGUGCCACUGCCGGUGCCGCUUAUUCUCGGUUCGCGGAGAAAUGGACAGGAAGUCUCAAGACGGGCCUCCAGGCGGACUUUAUCGUCAUUGAUGAGGUCCACGCGCCAGACCAGCUCCAGCAAACGAGAAUUUGCGAGACGUGGGCUCGGGGAAAGCUUGUUUAUGCAGCGAAGCAAUGA